GGGACGAGUGAAAACCCUGGGACACCAGGGAGAGUGAGCAUGAAUGCCCUGUGUGAGUACUUGUGUGUCCGUGAACGUGGCACUGAGCCCCUGUGCCCCCGAGGGUACGUGGCCCGAGUGUACAAUGUCUGCCUGAGUGUACCUGGGCCCACAGAUAUAUACGAGCUCCUAAGCGUGUACCCACGAGUGUAAUUGCACCUGCGAGCGUAUUCGCGCCACUGAGCACAUACCCAAGGUGUAAAUGACCCCAAAUGUGCCAUGCCCCAUGGCUUAGGGCUGUACUUGAGACAAGAGAACACGUGCCCAAGGACAUAAGUGCCCCUAGAGACAAGAGCACGUGUCUGUGCAGAAGGGCAUGCAUGUGCCCCUGAGACAACAGACGUGUGCCCACUGUCAUAUGUGUGUCCCUGAGCAGGUGACCCCGCUACUGUCCCUCUCAUCGCAGACCACCCAAGGCCGGCGACACACACCCCUGGCCACGCGGAGAGCAGCGAUCUGAGCCACUGCCCGCGCCACUCCGUCCGGCCCAGCGGACACGCGCGCCCCCUUGCGGCCGCCCUCGGUCCCCGCCGCACGUGCCCCGCCCACCCAGGCCUGGCUCGCCUCGCGCCUGCGCACGCCGCGCCUUUUACGGCGCCGUAAAGCAGCUCGGCCGAGCGGACGGCCGCGGUUCUCGGGCGGCGGCAUGGAGGCGCGCUUUACGCGUGGGAAGUCGGCGCUGCUGGAGCGCGCGCUGGCGCGGCCGCGCACCGAAGUGAGCCUGAGCGCCUUCGCACUGCUCUUCUCCGAGCUGGUGCAGCACUGCCAGAGCCGGGUCUUCUCGGUGGCCGAGCUGCAGGCGCGCCUGGCUGCACUGGGCCGCCAGGUGGGCGCGCGCGUGCUGGAUGCUUUGGUGGCACGCGAAAAGGGUGCCCGGCGUGAGACCAAGGUGCUGGGCGCGCUGCUCUUCGUCAAGGGCGCUGUGUGGAAGGCGCUCUUUGGCAAGGAGGCCGACAAGCUGGAACAGGCCAACGACGACGCACGAACCUUCUACAUCAUCGAGCGCGAGCCACUCAUCAACACGUACAUCUCCGUGCCCAAGGAGAACAGCACGCUCAACUGCGCCAGCUUCACGGCGGGCAUCGUGGAGGCUGUGCUCACGCACAGCGGCUUCCCUGCCAAGGUCACGGCACACUGGCACAAGGGCACCACGCUCAUGAUCAAGUUUGAGGAGGGGGUCAUCGCUCGAGACCGGGCCCUGGAGGGCCGCUGACCCUGUGGGACAUAAAGGAUGCAGAGCGCCCCCUC